CACACAGGAAGGAGAAGAACCAGUAUGAGUCAGAAGAAAGAGAUUCACUCUCUCUGACAAUUUCCAAAAUGCCUUGUAAACGGCUAAAUCUAUGUGAAUAUGAAACACAUAAACUGGUCCGAAUACAAAGUGUAAGGCUGGGAUCGCUGAAAUGGACAUUUAACGGUGUCAUACUGAUGUUCAUCUGCAUUGUAAUGUUCUGGAACAAGGAGUACCAACAACACGACUAUGUGGUCAGCUCUGUUACUGCUAAGGUCAAGGGAGUGGCCAUGACCAGCUUGCCAGAUGUUGGUGAUAUAGUAUGGGAUGUUGUAGAUUACAGUGGGCCAUCACAGGGAAAGAAUUCAUUUUUCGUGGUGACCAAUGUCAUUGUUACAAAAAAUCAAAGGCAAGGAAAAUGCCCUGAGGUCCCUCCUUACGGAAAAGUGUGUUGGACAGACAAGGACUGUGUGAAGGGGUUCUGGGAUCAGAACAGCCACGGGGUUCAGACAGGUGCAUGUGUGAAGUUUGAUGUAACACAGAAAACAUGUGAGGUGUCUACAUGGUGCCCCAUAGAGACCAAGAAAACGCCCCCCAAGCCUGCUCUCUUGGCAUCAGCUGAGAACUUCACAGUCCUCAUCAAGAACAACAUAAGAUUCCCAAACUUUAACUUCAUUAGAAGGAACAUCCUCCCUGAGAUGACGGACAGCUACCUGAAGCAAUGCCAAUUUAACAGGCGUACCGACCCCUGGUGCCCCAUCUUCCGCCUCGGGGACAUUGUGCAGGAGGCCAGAGAGAACUUCUCAGAGAUGGCAGUUGAGGGUGGCGUCAUUGGGAUCCAAAUUAAGUGGGAUUGUAAUCUGGACGGGUUCUUGCGGAACUGUCUGCCCAAAUACUCCUUCCGCCGGCUGGAUGAGAAGGAGAGCAACAGAACUCUGUACCCUGGUCUCAACUUCAGGUUUGCUAGAUAUCAGACAGAGAAAGGUGUUGGGGAGAGAACCCUGUUUAAAGCAUUUGGGAUCAGGUUUGAUGUCAUGGUAUUCGGAAAGGCAGGACAAUUCAGCAUAAUCCAACUGAUCAUCUAUAUUGGAUCAACUUUAUCCUAUUAUGCACUGACCACUUUAUUCAUUGACUGGCUCAUUGGGACCAGCUGCUUCUCUAAAGAAGCCAGGCAGAACUACUCAGAGAAAAAGGUUGAAUCUGUUCAGGACAGACAACAGUGCAUUCUUUGUGUCUCGUUUGUGGACGAGAACCAUAUAAGAGUGGUGAAAAGAUCACAUAGGAAAAGUUUACAACAAGUGAAGCCCAUGUCCGUUCACCCAUUCAAGGACGACAUAAAGCACCUGAGUGCCAUGGCUGGUGUAUUGCAGAAAGGGCACAUCAUAGACAAGCAGCCCCAGGCUCUCAUUAGGCCUAGCCGUCCAGCCUGGUGUCUGUGUGGCUGCUGCCUCCCCUCCACCCAUCCCCAGGAGCAGCUGUGCUGCAGGAUGAGCAGAGGUCGCUGCAUCACCACCUCCUCCCUGUUUGAACAGCUAGUGCUGAGUCGGCCCUUGCUGGAGGCAGUGUUGCUGUACAGGGAGCCUCUUUGUGAGCUGACCGAGGGGGAGCAGGGGACCAACGCCCUGCGCCACUGCGCCUACAAUCAGUAUAUCACCUGGAGAUUUGGGGCCCCACCCAGAGAAAGCCUCCCUGUCAUACCCAGUUGUAGUGUGUGGAGAAUCAGAGAGGAAUACUCCAGCCAAGAUGGAGAGUACACUGGCAUGAGACCCAGUAGAACUACUUCUCCCCAGUCCAGCCCUAACACAUAGCUUUAGAGAAGAGGGAGAGUCAGUGUUCUAGAAAGCAGUGUUCUACAUAGAAAGCUCCAUCAGAGACUGGUCCUCAUCAUGUAGCAGCUGUAGCAUGCAUUUGUACUGGUGUAUUUAUCUAAUCUUCCAUUCUGCAUUAAGGUUAACAUUUUCAACUUGAUCAUUAUCCUCGCCUAUAGAUAUUGUGUCUAUCCAUCCCACUGUCUAGAGACCAUGAAUGAUGAAGAGGGCUCCCAAGUGGCGCAGCGGUCUAAGGCGUUGCAUCUCAGUGCUAGAGGCGUCACUACAGAUCCUGGUUUGAAUCCAGGCUGUAUCACAAUCGGCCGUGAUUGGGAGUCCCAUAGGGCGGUGCACAAUUGGCCCAGCGUUGUUCGGGUUUGGCCGGGGUAGGCCGUCAUUAUAAAUAAGAAUUUGUUCUUAACUGACUUGCCUAGUUAAAUAAAGAUACAAUUAAAAAUAUAUAUUUUUAAAUUUUAAAACUAAAAAAGAUUGCAGAAGAUCCAUUAUCUUAGAUGACAAUGAAUUGGAGCUAACUGGAGAAGGGAAUUGUGUUAUCAUUUUGUUGACUGCAUACAUGUAACCUAUUUCAAUUCUUUUUUAUAUUGAACAAAUCUUUUUUGCCAUGUGCAUUAAAUGUAAUUUUGAAAAUAUUGUUGACUUGAUGAUAAUGUAAUUUCACAUCUUCUCCAGUUCUUGUGUGCAUACAAUAGUACAUACCGUUUCUAUGGAUCUAUUGUAGUCGAUGUACAGUAGUUUUAUUAUGCCUCUACUCAGAUGAGUUAGAUUUGCGAAAUGAGCUAGGGUCAGUUGCAGUGGAGAUUUUAGCAUGUAAAUCUACGUGGGGCAAAAAAAAAAUUAAAGGUGGGAUGCAUGCCAGCAAAGCCACAACACAACACAACACUAAACAAUACAUUAAUUGCACUAUAACAGUGACAAACGGUUCCCACAAACUGGCCUACAUAGAGCUGUCUCAACAGCAGAGUCCCAACAGCAGUCCCAACAUCUUACUACUGCUACACCUGGCUAUCAGGGGAGCCUUGUCUAGCAGCGAAACAGUUCAUUCAGCCUCAUUUACUGCCUUUAAAAAAAACAUAGCUGAUAUGACUGACUUACUUAACAAAUGUGGUUUCUACUGACAUUUGAAAUGUACAAGCUAUGGCAUAAGGGGAUGACAAACGGAUAAAAGGCAAUCCGUAAUUUCGAUAAAGACAUUAAUGAGCGAGCUAGGACGGACGUUGUCAAUAUAAGUAUUGGAUCCGCACUUUUGAAAUGUGCAGCGACAGAAUUCAGAACAUGGGCCAUUCUUACAGUAUUUUCCCUGUACACCAAGUCAGAACCAUAAGAUAAAUAACGGGGCAUAUAAGCAGACAAUGAAAGCUCUUACAAUAUUUGAUGAUUACAUUUCUCUAAAAACAGGCAAUAGGCUAAUUAAGAGAGGAAAAGGGACCAAAUUAUUAGCGUGCCUCACACACUUACUAGUGUGCCUAACAACUUACUAAACAAGGGCUACUAACAACUUACUAAACAACAUACACUAAGUAACGUUUUUACUUUCUUAGCUACAGUAUACAUAUCUCCCUGGCAUAUUACAUAAUUUAUGCAGCAGAAUACAAUACAUUUUUGGACUUCAAAACCACUCAUUUUUUAAAUUUGAGAUUUCUAAGUUGUUGUGUAAUGUUUAUGUCCAAUGAGCACUGAUAAGUUUUAUCUAUAAUUUCUCUUCAUUAUUUAUCUUCAUGUGACAAGGAUUAAAAAGGAUUUACCAGUAGAUUGUCAACUUGAUUCAUGAUGAUGACUGCUAGCUAAGAUUUUGAAAGUAUGAUGUUGACAUGAUCAGUCCAAAUCAAAGCUACUGUACAUGUAACGUGAUUUGACGUCAUUUUAUCUGUGGCCAAUGACCUUGAGUCUUCUUGGAUGGGCACUUCUAAAGUCAGCAGCCAAAGGGCUAGAAUGUUUGAAGUCUCCCCUUACACUUCACGGUGACGUAGUUUCCCCAUGAGUGACAGAACACUGAGCCAAUCACGGCGCAACACUCCGUAUUUUCUGCUGGCUUGCCCCACCACAGAAAGCACUGAGCUAGGCUGAAUCACCUGCAUUUUGGAGCUGCCUUACUCAAGAAAACAAAAAGAGACCAUGUUUGUUUGCAGCUUUCUCAGCAAAAAAAGAAAUGUCCUCUCACUGUCAACUGCGUUUAUUUUCAGCAAACUUAACAUGUGUAAAUAUUUGUAUGAACAUAACAAGAUUCAACAACUGAGAUAUAAACUGAACAAGUUCCAUAGACAUGUGACAAACAGAAAUGGAAUAAUGUGUCCCUGAACAAAGGGGGAGGUAAAAAUCAAAAGUAACAGUCAGUAUCUGGUGUGGCCACCAACUGCAUUAAGUACUGCGGUGCAUCUCCUCCUCAUGGACUGCAACAGAUUUGCCAGUUCUUGCUGUGAGAUGUUACCCCACUCUUCCACCAAGGCACCUGCAAGUUCCCAGACAUUUCUGGGGGGAAUGGCCCUAGCCCUGAUCCUCCGAUCCAUACGGUCCCAGACGUGCUCAAUGGUAUUGAGAUCCGGGUUCUUCGCUGGCCAUGGCAGAACACUGACAUUCCUGUCUUGCAGGAAAUCAUGCACAGGAUGAACAGUAUGGCUGGUGGCAUUGUCAUGCUGGAGAGUCAUGUCAGGAUGAUCCUGCAGGAAGGGUACCAUAUGAGGGAGGAGGAUGUCUUCCCUGUAACGCACAGCGUUGAGAUUGCCUGCAAUGACAACAAGCUCAGUCCAAUGGUGCUGUGACACACCGCCCCAGACCAUGACGGACCCUCCACCUCCAAAUCGAUCCCGCUCCAGAGUACAGGCCUCGGUGUAACGCUCAUUCCUUCGGCGAUAAACGUGAAUCCAACCAUCACCCCUGGUGAGACAAAACCGCGACUCGUCAAUGAAGAGCACUUUUUGCCAGUCCUGUCUGGUUCAGCGACGGUGGGUUUGUGCCCAUAGGCGACGUUGUUGCCGGUGAUAUCUGGUGAGCACCUGUCUUACAACAGGCCUACAAGCCCUCAGUCCAGCCUCUCUCAGCCUAUUGCGGACAGUCUGAGCACCGAUGGUGGGAUUGUGUGUUCCUGGUGUAACUCGGGCAGUUGUUGUUGCCAUCCCGUACCUGUCCCGCAAGUGUGAUGCUCAGAUGUACCAAUCCUGCACAGGUGUUGUUACACGUGGUCUGCCACUGCGAGGACGAUCAGCUGUCCGUCCUGUCUCCCUGUAGCGCUGUCUUAGGCCUCUCACAGUACGGACAUUGCAAUUUUUUGCCCUGGCCACAUCUGCAGUCUUCAUGCCUCCUUGCAGCAUGCCUAAGGCACGUUCACGCAGAUGAGCAGGGACCCUGGGCAUCUUUCUUUUGAUGUUUUUCAGAGUCAGUAGAAAGGCCUCUUUAGUGUCCUAAGUUUUCAUAACUGUGACCUUGCCUACCAUCUGUAAGCUGUUAGUGUUUCAAAGACCGUUCCGCAGGUACAUAAUUGUUUAUGGUUCAUUGAACAAGCAUGGGAAACAGUGUUUAAACCCUUUACAAUGAAGAUCUGUGAAGUAAAUUGGAUUUUUACGAAUUAUCUUUGAAAGACAGGGUCCUGAAAAGGGACGUUUCUUUUUUUGCUGAGUUUAUAGUAUAUAUAUUUUUUUUUACAUUGUUUGCAAACUGAUAUGUGACACGUAUUAAUGCAAAAAUGACUUGCAAAACAUGCAAGCCCCUCCCAAAAAAAUAUAUGACCACUGGGCUGUUGUAGUUUUCUUACUAGCCAUGAAGAUGAUUUUACUAUUAUCUCAGCAGGCUGUGAGUGUGAGACCUGUUUACCUCUUGUAUUACUCCCAUUGCUAGUUUGCUACAGUAUAUCCAUAACUCAGAAGACGGGCUGCUGUAGCUGUCAGAGCUGCCUGUCAGAGCUGCCUCUGCUGUUUGUUUGAUUAUGAAACAUUAGGAAUUAUUGUGGCUAAGAGCAAAGUGGUGGGAGCUGUCUUUAGAUUAAUCCAGUUUCUGGUCAUCUUUGAUGUGUUUGGGUAAAUUGGGGUUUCAAUAAUUCAGUUUCUAUUACAAAGCCAUCUAUAUUAAGUCAGAGUGGAUGGUGUGUGAUUGUAUCACAUUGUCUCUACACUUGUUUCCUCUUGUGUCGUGUCUAACCUGUUAUACUGCAGGUGUGUCUGUACGGUGCAAAAGUCUUACCAGGAGACCAACUCAGUGAUCAGCUCUGUCACCACCUAGGUGAAGGACACUGCCUUCCCCAACAUCUCUGAUCUAGGUGCCCGUGUGUGGGAUUUGUCUGAUUACAACAUCCCCUCAGGUAGCAUCAUAUACUCAAUACACUUAAUCUACAGUGUAUCAUAUUUUGGUCAGUUUCAGUUCAAAUUGUUUUUAACUGUUUUUAUAUUUGUGAAUACGGGGAUUUGCUUAAGGAAAAUGUGAUCUUUGUCUGGCAGACUAACAUGAUCGUCACCCCCAAUCAAACUCAACUGAAACUGUCCAAAGGUAUGUUUCUGAUUUCUUCUUUAAAAUAUACUGAAAAGUAUAAUAGGCUAUAUUGUGAAAAGUUAUGUUAUUGUUUGAAUGGAACACUACUAAAAAUAUAUUGUAAAAUGAAUAAUGAGACUGUAGUUACACAUUAAUAAAUUUACUUAUACAACCUUUAUUUCAAUUGUAGUCAAAAAGGUAUUUGAAUGUUAGUGAAAUGUGAUCCUGUAUCUUAUUAAGCUCCCAAGCCAAUCCACCAUUUGCAUGUCAGACAGUGACUGCACAGAGGGAUCCAGUGAUGUCCGUGGCAACGGUAAACCUCCAUGUCUUGCUGACGAAUCCUUGUUGAAUUGUUAACAUGGGCAGCAACCAGCAAAGAGAUGGCUGAAACAUUCAUUCAGUGUCAUAAGUAAAUACAUAUCUACAGCUCCAGAGAAAUGUGUCCUAAAAUUCAUUAACAUUUUCUGAAUCAUUCUGCAAUAUAUUUGAAUAACUAUAUAGCAAUGUCUCUAAUCAUAUUACUCUCUUCAAAAGGUAUGCAAACAGGGCUAUGCGUAAACUACAGAGAGACUGUCAAUACCUGUGAGGUGUUAUCUUAGGGUCCUCUUGAAAUAGACACUAACCUACCUGAGUAAAGAACACAUUACAGUGCAUUCGGAAAGUAUU